GGAGCGGGCGCGGCGCCAUGUCGGGCGCGGGGUCGGGGCCGGGCGCGGCGGCAGGGCCGGGCGCGGGCGGCGGCUCGGUGGGCUCGGUGGUGCGGCGCUUCCUGGCCGAGUACGCGAGCGGCACGCCCAGCCGCCUCAAGGUGCUGGAUGCCUACCUGCUCUACGUGCUGCUCACGGGCGCGCUGCAGUUCGGCUACUGCCUCGGCGUCGGCACCUUCCCCUUCAACUCCUUCCUCAGCGGCUUCAUCUCCGCCGUCGGCAGCUUCAUCCUGGGCGUUUGUCUGAGGAUCCAGAUCAACCCGCAGAACAAAGGGGAGUUUCAGGGCAUCUCGCCAGAACGGGCGUUCGCCGACUUCCUCUUUGCCAACACCAUCCUGCACCUGGUGGUCAUCAAUUUUGUGGGCUGACCCGAAGAGCAUAAGGAUCCUGUUUCCUCCUGUGCUCUGAAUGUGCAGCUGAAAGAGAGCAAGGAGCUGGCUCCCUAUGGACUCAGAUUCUGUUCCGUGAUAGGGGAGGGGAUGCUGCCUCCUCCCAUUCACUAUAACCCCCUUCCCCAAUAAACCUCAUUUUAAUA